CUGAUAGUGAAUUUUGAUUCGUCUGAAAUGGGUUUAAAUAAGGUCUCACAAGUCAAAAAAAAAAAAGCGCAUAAAUAUUCUCUUUUUUCUUCUUCAUCGAUGAACAAACUAAAGUCUACGUUCUCGUUACGCCAUAAAGAUAAUGAAAGACGGUCGCAAGUAUUUAUGAAGAGAUUGUCAACACAGAGAGAUCAUCUGGAAACACCGCAAGUGAGUUUGCAAGAUUUAUCAAGCAUUGAGCAUGAUACAUAUCUUGGUUGGUGGAGAGAUUUGGAUCCUUUUGGCAUAGGGAAAGCUGAUAACAAGGCUAUUUUCAAUUUCGUAUCAGGUUCCAGUCUGCCUGACCAUAUCUUGGAGGGCAUUCUUGCACUAUUUCAAGAUGAGAAGGAUGGUUUAAAUCGUCAACAGUUUUUUGCAAUGUUACGGCUCGUUGCUCAUGCACAACUUGGCAGAAAAGUAAGCAAGGAAAACGUUUUUCUAGCAGCACCUUUGCCAAGAUUCCAAAACCAAGCAAUUGAUGCUUUAAUCAAUUCAACGUCACAAACAGCAGAUAUGCCCAGUUGGAUGAUUUCUUUACCUAAUAAGAGAGUGGCCCAACCUGCACAAGUGACUCAAUCUACACAAUUACCACCUACAAAAGCAAUAUACCCAGGUCAUUCUAGAUCUAAAUCUGUCCCUUCUGCCAAUAUGCUGGGUCCUCCAGCGGAUUCAUCACGCACACGUCACAGCGGACGUGCUUCAUUAAACCAAGAUAGCCUAGAAAAAAUUAUGAGUACUGGUAGCUCGCUUUUAUUGACAAAGGAGUUUAAGCCAAAGUUUCUGGAGGAAGAAAAUAAGAACCCAUUUGAAUCGACUGAUUCCUUAGUAUCUACACCACGUCAACAACAUACAACGUUACCUAAUACAAGCCCAAACACAGACCAUAUACCACCUCCACCUGUACCACCUCAAUCUACCAAGCCCGCAUUUCCUAAAUAUGCUCGUCGUAUUGUGAUUUAGAUAUACAUGUAAUCAUUUCUUUUUUUUUUAUCUGUAAUAAAUAGCUUCUGAAUGGCGAUCAGAAUUAAAUUAAAAUAAGUGCUUUUAGUCUAAUUCUGUGUCAAUGUACCUAUUCCAGAA